UUUCUUCUGUCUGAGCUGUAGGCGUGGUGCUUCGCGCAUGUCAGUGUUUUAGGGUGAGCGGACAGACUUGAUCUGCACCGCUAUCCGCAUUCUCCGUGCUUUAGGUUUGGCAGCAGUGUGAGAGCUAUGGCUUUCUUCUUUAAAGGAGCGGUUACAAGUUCUCCAGUUAAGACCAGGAGGCAGGAGGCUGAAUACAUUUGUCACAGCUUGGACUCCUCCCACUUCUCUGACUCCUCCUUCGAGUGUUUCUCUACCAAUCCGCUGACAGGCUCAGUGUGUGCAUGUCGCAGAAGUCCCCGCCUAUUAGCCAAUGGUUAUUAUGUUCUGACGGAGGACAGUUUCAACACUGAUGACGAGGGAAACGUUACUCUGACUCCCUCACACACCAGCGUCUCAUACAAGGAGAAUCUUGUCCGCAUAUUUAGACGAAAGCGGCGAGCAAAAAGAUCACUGGCCAGCCUUCUGAGUGACAUGAGCCAGUCGUGCCAAUCCUGGCUGGAAGGAAGUGUUUUUAGAAGAUCUGGGCCAAUCACACACAUCCAGUCUUCAUGGGAGGAGUUUUACCACAGUUAUGAGAAAGAAACACCCAUCAGCUUCACCUAUGAUCCUAUAGAUCCUGUUUCCUCGCCUGAUAAACUGCCUCCUCAGACUCAGCUUGAGGAGGAGGAGCCUCAGUGUGAUUCAUGCUCCACCCACGAACAGUUCAGCCAAUCAGUGAGCGGCCUCCUGGAUGUCCCGCCUCCAUCUGUGUGCCACCUCGAUAGUUACGGCUCAUCCAGCAAAACUUCAUCAGAAAAUGUGCUCAUGAAAGUCCUUCUCCUCAUCCUCACUCUGUGCCUCUGCAUCGCCAUCUCAUCCGGGUGGCUGCUGGGAGGUGUUUCUGCAGCCAUGGCAUUUGUGGUUCUGCUCUCUUCAAUUUGUGUGUCUAAACAUGGUUCUUCAGUGCGCUGGAGGAGAGCAAAGACUGAGGACAUCACCUCCAGGAAUGAGUGAGGAGGAACAAACGCACACAAACAUACUGUGUACAUACAUACUGUGCACACAAGAUACAUCUGUGUGAAAUCUGACCUAAGGAGACCGGAGGACGUGAGUGUGUGUGGACACACAUCCUGCAUCAGCAUUAAAUAUUAGUCCAGGUUUUGUAGGACUGUUUUCACUGAUCAGCUAAAGAGUUCUGAUUGUAAUGAUUAUAGAAUUAUUAAGUAAAACAGGAUUAGUGAUGGCGAAUAACUGUCACAGGAGAAAAUUGACAUGAUAAAUUAAGCAUACUUUUAUCCAAAAAACAAAAUGGAUGAACAUAUAAGUGCUGAACUAUUAGUGAAAGUUUAAGAAAUGGAGGAUUUUUCCUAAACAAAUAAUGAAGGAUUCUCUGGGAGUCGGUGGAGAUGCCCUGCAGGACAGAACGUAGCAAAUGUGUCAGUCGUGUUUGUAAAUCCCUCAACUUGGCUUGGUUGGGCUCUUUAAUGAAACUUUAGUGUAUGACAUUACUCGUCUAUAAAAGGUUUUGCUGCAACAGCCUGUUUAAUAUAAUAGCUUUGCAGAAAAUUUGUACAUUUUGAGACAUGGAAGCAAAAGAAGUGCCAGCUUAGCUUUGUGCAUUUGUGAAGUGCCUUUGUUAUACAAAACAGGAGACUCAUUUCCAUUAGCCAGGGUUAAAGACACAUCUGUGUGACUCGAGAGGGCUCAAAAGUUAAGCACACAGUGCUGCUAAUUAGUCAUGGGCUGAUAACCAUGUUUAAGGUAUACUGCGGUUUGGAAAAGUCAAGGUUUUAAAUCCGUCAAAUUUUUCUGCUUUACUGUUCCUAAGGUAUGCAUAAGAUUUUUUAUUUAAAUUUUUUGUAGUUUUUUAGGACAGCAGUAUCUUCAGCAGAAAAGAUCUCCAAAGAUGCUGUUUAAAUCGUAAAGAAAUCAGGGUUUUUGAAACUAAUGAAGACAGCAGAAGUCAACGAUUUGUUUGAAUUAUUUAGCCUGACAUGUUUACUGCUCCAAAAUACUUUAAAUGUUUCUCAAAUUAAAAUAUAUUGUGUACAAAGGGGGAAAAGGUUUUGUUUUUUACCCAGACAUUAAAAAAAGAAUAUAUUUUAGAGCAGUAAUCACAAUACAGUGAAACCAUGAUAUUUAUAUCCAAGGUUAUCAUAUCGUCAGAAUCUUAUACCGGCCCAUGUCUACUGCUACUAUAUAGGAGCGCAAUAAUUAGAUUUAUUGUUAAAAAAAUAUUGCACUUACUGUAAAGCUCUUUAACAGGGAACUUCUCUAGGUUAAGAGCAUUAAACCCUAUCUGCAGGGAGUUAGUGUUGCCAAAGGAGAACAUGUUCUGGAUUUACUGUUUAAUAUUUGUGUAAUUUUGUCAUAUUAUACUAGGAUGCAGCUCUCACAGAACAUUAAGAGUAAACUGUGAGUAGAAAGCGGUGUCUGUAAAAUGCGUUGUAUCCUCUGGAGGGAAUGGCUCCGUUCUGAAACGGUGGAGAUUUUAAAGGCAGCUCAGUUUUGAAGAGAACAAAGACAUUUUGUCAGAAAACAAAAGCAAAGUAAAGGAUAUUAUGAAGUUAAAAGUGGGAAUAUUUAAACCGUAACAUUUAUGCCUACAUAUCUGAAGGCAGACAUGUUUGAAACCAAGCCAAGGUGAAAAAGUCAAUCAUUUAAAUGCAUUUAUCAUGUGUUUGUAUGAAUUGCAUUGUCUUUAGUGUUUAUUAUGUGGCCAGAGGCAAUGAAAUAUUCAAGUUCAGGACUGAAUGAUUAUUGCUCUAAAAAUAGUCAAUAUUUACUGUAAAGUGUUUUGAAAGACAGUUAAAUUAAUAGUUAUUCAGGGCCAAGCACAGUUCAAUUCCUAAAAAAAUGUCUGAAAGCUUCAUUUAUUACCAAAUUUAUUACUGACCAUUUAUUAUAAACAAUAUCAUUCUAUUUUUGGACCAAGAAUGUCCAGUCAGAUUUCUAUAGUGUUUUUGUAGCUGUGCCCGGUCCUGUAACUGCUGCUUGCAGCUAUAUUUAUAGUAAUAAUUACUAUUGUUAUCAUGUGUGGGAGAUGAGCAGUUAAUCUAAUAUAUCCAAACAUAGACAGGAUUGUCUUUUAAAGACAAAACAGAGAACAAAAGAUGUGUAUUUUUUAUUUAUUGUUGUCUUGCAAAUUAGAUGAUUCAAAUAUCACUGGGUACAGGGUUAAAAGCCAAGAAGAUUAUAAUAUGAUGACUUUAAAUCAUUGAUUAAGAGCUUAUGAUUGGCUGUAGUUUCACGCCAAUAAGUACAAAAGUGCAUAUUUCCAGUUGUUGUAGCAGCAAGUUUAUAUUUCACUGGUCUCAUGUGUUCACUUAUAGUAAUCCUUUAAUGAAAAGGGUUUUAAAUGUUGACUAUCACCCUGCCUUUAAGCUUUGAUUACUACAGCGAUCACGUUACUGUAUUUAACGAUCACAACAAAACUAAAGAUUACUGUAAAAAUUGAAAUCUUUAGUUACUGUUAUGUUUAUUAUUCCACUGCAUGUAAAAGUGAAAUGUGAAAAUGAUGUGUUCAUAUACACACUGUAAAUAUCAU